CUCGCUCCCUCAUCUGGGUAGCCGGAUUUCAACCCUCCGCUUUGCUCUUCGUCCUGCGGCCCUGCGGUCGCGCCGCCCCACCGUUGUAGCCAGCGAAGAUGUCGCACGAGGACACCAUCCCCCUUCAUCACUCUUCACAGUCCGACAUCGACGAGAUCGAGAACCUCUUCAACGCCCCCGUCCACGUCGCCACCGUACUCCCUGCCCGCCCGCCCAGCCCCCCGCGCGCCUCCAUCCCCGUUUCCCAUUCCUCCACCUCCUUGCCGCCCUACCAGAAGGUGCUCCCAUCCUCCUCCCCGCCCCCGGUCGUACCGGCUGUGCCGGUCGAUGCUGCUCCGGCUGGAAGAUCUAGGACCGGCGUCUCUGCAGAUGCCUUCGGCUCGCCCGCCAACACGCUAACGGAGCCGGUUUGGGACACCGUGAAGCGGGAUCUCGCGAGGAUCGUGAGCAAUCUGCAGCUGGUUGUAUUCCCGAAUCCGUUUAGAGAGGAUCCGGGAAGGGCACUCAGGGAUUGGGAUCUUUGGGGUCCAUUCUUCUUCAUCGUGUUUCUCGGAUUAACACUUUCUUGGUCUGCAUCGGUGAAGAAGUCUGAAGUCUUUGCUGUUGCAUUUGCAAUCCUUGCUGCUGGUGCUAUUAUUCUGACAACGAAUGUACUACUUCUGGGUGGCCAUAUUAUCUUCUUCCAAAGUCUGAGUCUUCUUGGCUACUGCCUCUUCCCCCUGGAUGUAGGAGCCCUAGUUGGCAUGUUGGUAAGCAAUGCUAUACUUAAGUUAGUGGUGGUCUCCAUUACAUUGGCAUGGAGCUGUUGGGCAGCAUAUCCUUUCAUGAGUGCAGCAGUAAAUCCCAGAAGAAAAGCUUUGGCUUUGUAUCCUGUUUUCCUUUUGUAUAUAUCUGUUGGCUUUUUUAUCAUUGCAAUAGAUUAAGACCUCUCACAUCUAUGUGCUUGGUGGUUAUCAGUUAAACUGCCUUUCAUCCAACCACCUAAACGUACUAUUAGAUAGAUUUCCAUGACAAUGCUCAUUUUGCUUGCUAUUUCAAGGUUUCUAGCACUUUUAGAGACCUUAUGUCCUCGUUGGUUGAGUGGAAAUGUGUGUUUAUUCUAUUGGAUUCA